GCCUCUCCCUCCCCGGUGUUCAGAGCUGUUUCAUCCAGCCUCAUUCCUCCUUUUGACAUCACACGGGGAGAGUUGCCUCCUGGCUGAGGACGCCCCAGAGUGCUUCCUGAGUCUCUGCUGUUUAAUCAGUUGAUUUCGCCAAAACAAAAAGAUGGAUUCUGACUCAGACUCACCUUUUAAUUACUCCUGGCCUUCCUUUCCCAAAAUGAAGAUUCGGAGAAGGACAUCUAGACAAGAUCGCUCCUUUGAUGUCCUCAAAAAAUCCAAGCAUCCCCCAGCGUCGCUUGCUGCAGGCCGGCUCUCGGACAUGCUGAAUGGAGGUGAUGAAGUGUAUGCUAACUGCAUGGUGAUUGACCAGGUUGGUGAUUUGGAUAUCAACUAUAUUAACAUAGAGGGAUUCACCACCAACACCAGCCCUGAAUCCAUGGGUUCCACUUUGGAGCCUCAGAGCUGUAAGCACAUCCUUCCUACUGAAACCAGCCCCGGUGUGUCCCCACUAAGUGAGGACAGCGAAAGGACAGCGACGAUUGAUGCUCAGCAGUCCUUCGGGUCACCGUCUAGCUCGUGCGCUUCCAAUCUGAAUCUUUCUUUAGGUCUGCAUGGAUUUGAAAAAGAACAAAGUCAUCUAAAGAAAAGAAGUUCCAGCCUUGAUGCUCUGGAUGCUGACAGUGAAGGAGAAGGGCGUUCUGAGCAGUCACACACUUGCUACACUCCAGAGUCUCAGAGUUCUUCCAGAACUGGGAUUCCCAGUGGGGAUGAAUUGGAUUCUUUUGAGACCAACAUGGAACCGGAUUUUAAUAUCUCCAGGGCUGAAUCCCUUUCUCUAUCAAGUAGUCUGCAGUCGAAGGAAUUGUUGCUUUCUGGAGUCCGCUCACGGUCUUACUCUUGCUCAUCGCCCAAAAUUUCUUUAGGAAAAACUCAGUUGGUGCGUGAUCUUACAGUGUGCAAUUCAAGCGAAGAGCAAAGAGCUUACAGCUUACCAGAGCCACCAAGAGAAAAAAGAAUUCAGGAGGAAGAAUGGGAUAAAUACAUCAUACCUGCAAAAUCAGAGUCUGAAAAAUAUAAAGUGAGCAGAACUUUCAGUUUCCUCAUGAAUAGGAUGACCAGUCCUCGGAAUAAAUCUAAGACAAAAAGCAAGGAGGCCAAAGACAAAGAAAAAGUGACUCGACAUCAGUUUGUCCUGGGAACGUUCUCUGGGGUGCUUCAGUGCUCGGUUUGUGAUAAGACGCUCCUGGGGAAAGAGUCGUUCCAGUGUUCCAACUGUAACGCAAGUGCUCACAAGGGCUGUAAGGACACCGCGCCUCCCUGCACCAAGAAAUUCCAAGAGAAAUAUAACAAGAACAAACCGCAGACCAUCCUUGGAAAUUCUUCACUUAGAGACAUCCCGCAGCCUGGCCUCUCUCUGCACCCUUCUUCUUCCAUGCCUAUUGGAUUGCCAACUGGAAGGAGAGAAACUGCCGGGCACGUCCAUCCGCUGUCCAGGAGUGUUCCAGGCACCACCUUGGAAAGCUUCAGGAGGUCGGCAACGUCCUUGGAGUCUGAGAGUGAUGGUAACAACUGCAGAAGCAGGUCUCAUUCGGAUGAGCUGCUGCAGUCUGUGGGCUCUUCUCCCUCCACGGAGUCUUUCAUAAUGGAAGAUGUCGUGGAUUCUUCUCUGUGGAGUGACCUCAGCAGUGAUGCCCAGGAAUUCGAAGCAGAAUCUUGGAGUCUUGUUGUGGAUCCUUCGUUUUGUAGUAAGCAGGAGAAGGAUGUCAUCAAAAGACAGGAUGUCAUUUUUGAGCUGAUGCAGACGGAGAUGCAUCACAUCCAGACCCUGUUCAUCAUGGCUGAGAUCUUCAGGAAGGGCAUGAAGGAGGAGCUGCAGCUGGACCAUAGCACCGUGGAUAAAAUCUUCCCCUGUUUAGAUGAGUUGCUCGAAAUCCACAGGCAUUUCUUCUACAGUAUGAAGGAACGAAGGCAGGAAUCCUCUGUUGGCAACGACAGAAAUUUUGUGAUCAACCGAAUUGGAGACAUUCUGGUACAACAGUUUUCAGAAGAAAAUGCAAGUAAAAUGAAGAAAAUCUAUGGAGAAUUCUGUAGCCAUCACAAAGAAGCUGUGAACCUCUUUAAAGAACUUCAGCAGAAUAAAAAAUUUCAGAAUUUUAUUAAGCUCCAAAAUAGUAAUCUUUUAGCUCGACGCCGAGGAAUUCCAGAAUGCAUUCUGCUGGUCACUCAGCGCAUCACUAAAUACCCUGUGUUGGUGGAAAGGAUAUUGCAGUACACAAAGGAAAGAACUGAAGAGCAUAAAGACUUGUGCAAAGCUCUUGGCUUAAUUAAAGACAUGAUUGCAACAGUGGAUUUAAAAGUCAACGAGUAUGAGAAAAACCAAAAAUGGCUUGAGAUCUUAAAUAAGAUUGAAAACAAAACCUACACAAAGCUCAAAAAUGGCCACGUGUUUAGGAAGCAGGCUCUGCUAAGUAAAGAGAGGACUCUGUUGUAUGACGGCCUUGUUUACUGGAAAACUGCCACGGGUCGUUUCAAAGAUAUCCUAGCUCUACUUCUAACUGAUGUGCUGCUCUUUUUACAAGAAAAAGACCAGAAAUACAUCUUUGCAGCUGUUGAUCAGAAGCCGUCCGUUAUUUCUCUUCAGAAGCUCAUUGCUAGAGAAGUUGCUAAUGAGGAGAGAGGAAUGUUUCUGAUCAGCGCUUCAUCUGCGGGGCCUGAGAUGUAUGAAAUCCACACCAAUUCCAAGGAGGAACGGAACAACUGGAUGAGACGGAUCCAGCAGGCAGUGGAGAGUUGCCCCGAAGAAGAAGGGGGAAGGACAAGUGAAUCUGACGAAGAGAGGAGGAAAGCUGAAGCCAGAGUGGCCAAGAUUCAGCAAUGUCAAGAGAUCCUCACUAAUCAAGACCAACAAAUUUGCACAUAUUUGGAGGAGAAGCUGCGGAUCUAUGCUGAGCUUGGAGAGCUGAGUGGAUUUGAGGAUGCCCAUCUAGAGCCCCACCUCCUCAUUAAGCCUGACCCAGGAGAGGCCCCCCAGGCAGCCUCGUUACUGACGGCAGCCCUGAAAGAAGCUGAGAGCCUACAUGUAGCAGUGAAGGCCUCACAGACAAGCGAUGUCAGUCAGUCAUCCGAGGACGGUUGUGGAGACUCUGUCUUGACGGACACGUCCAGUUCUCACGAUGUCCCAGGAUCGCCUACUGCUUCACUAGUCCCAGAAGGGAGAGAAGGAAGAGGCUGUUGGGAUGUGGAUCCCGGGAUCCAGGGUGUGGUAACCGACUUGGCAGUCUCUGAUGCAGGGGAGAAGGUGGAAUAUAGAAGUUUUGCAGGUUCUUCACAGUCUGAGAUUAUACAAGCUAUACAGAAUUUAACCCGUCUCUUAUAUAGCCUUCAGGCCGCCUUGACCAUUCAGGACAGCCACAUUGAGAUCCACAAGCUGGUCCUCCGGCAGCAGGAGAGCCUGGCCCUCUGCCACCCUCUGCUCCGAGGCAGCCCCUGGCAGGAGCAGGAGAAGGCCCGCGAGGAGCCGGCCGACGCGGGGCAGCUGCAGCGGCAGCUACAGCAGGAGCAGCGGCGCUGGCAGCGCGGCUGGGAGCAGCAGCAGCGCGCGCAGGCGGCCCGGGAGCGCGGGCUGCGGGAGCGCGAGCGCCAGUGCCGGGCGCAGGAGGAGCGGCUGCUGCGGGGCCGGGGCGAGCUGGAGCACCAGCGCCAGGAGUACCAGCACAGCCUGGAGCGGCUGAGGGAGGGCCAGCGGCUGGUGGAGAGGGAGCGGGCCGGCGUGCGCGGCCAGCAGGGCCUGCUGGGCCACUGGAGGCACAGCCGCCAGCGGAGCCUCCCCACGGCCUUUCCCCUUUGCGCCGAGGAGGUAGUGGAACUUAAUCGAUCUGAGAGUUUAUGUCAUGAAAAUUCAUUCUUCAUCAAUGAAGCUUUAGUACAAAUGUCACUUAAUACUUUCAACAAACCGAAUCCAUCACGUAUCCAGCAGGAUGCCGUAUCACCCCCAAAUGUGUCUUAUUCUGAUCUGGUAAGGACUAGUGAAAACCAAGUAGACCUCAAGACAGACAUUUCUCAGCCCUCAGAUGUCAACCAUGAACUGUGGACAGCCACUGGACCCUGUCAUCAGAUACCUCCUCUCUACGAAAGCAGAAAGGAUUCCUAUGAAAAUGAUUUGGAUACCUCCCAGGCUGCGUCCCCAACCCCCCAUGACUCAUACUCACCCCACCCUCCGCUGCAGACAUUCAUAACAGAAGCAAAGCUCAAUCUACAGACAACGACCAGACAAGACGGGGAAAUUGGAGAUGGAGCCGAAGAAAAUAUUGUUUACCUCUAA